AUGCCUUCCUCUCCCUCCGCCAACCCGGGCCACGGCGUCGCCACCGCUGCCGCGGCGUCCAGGUCCACGGACCCCAAGGGCUUCGCCUCGUUCCUGCGCACCCAGGACGAGGUCGACGCGCUCUGCGAGGAGUACGGGGUACCCAAGGAUCAGUACACCGCGCGCCCCGCCGGAGACCUGUGCGCGAACUCCACGCCGCCGCCGGGGGCCAUCUGCGUGUACGCGCGCGCGCUGGAGGCCGGGAUGCGCGUCCCGCUGCACGGUUUCUUCCUCAAGGCGCUCGCGCACUUCGGCAUCGCGCCGGCCCAGCUCACGCCCAACGGGUGGCGCAUCAUGACGGGCUUCCACGCGCUCUGCCGCUCGACCGGCGUGCCGCCGUCGCUCGCGGUGUUCCGGCGUUUCUUCCGGCUGUCCGUCGUCCCCCACGAGCACAAAAAAGGCUGGUGUUUUCUCCGAUCUAGGGACAACUCCGGCUUGCGCUUCACCGGGAUGCCGCAUCCGUAUUCCAUUUCUUUAAUGGACUGGAAACACGACUUCUUCUUCCUCUGGUCGCCGGAGCCGUGGCCUUGCGCCGUGGAGUGGGGCGAGCCCAAUAGCUCACUCAUGAUGCCGGUGCUAACCGGUGAGGAAAAUGAAUGGGCGGCCAAAUUGCUGCGUGCUUACGGUGGCGCGCCCGUUGAUCUCCGCAGCAGCAACCUUGUCGCCGCAUCGCCGCCGCCGCCUACUUCCAGUUCCAAAGGCAUGUAUCCCUCUGUCCAUGACAGGAUGAAGACGAAGCUCGAGAAGAAGGCGGCCGCGCGAGCGUCGGCGUCGGCAAAGAAGAGGACUCGGAAGGAAGCCAACGGCGAGGAGGAGGUUCCGCCUCUUUCAGCGCUGAGCACGCCACCGCCGGGGAAGCCACAACACUUGCUCAGCAGGCACGACGGAGACGGCACGGACUGGGAGGCUGCACGGGAACUCCUGCAGGGCCGCGCUGUCACGACGCCGCUGGGGCGCGCACUCGCGGCGAACGAGCCUUCCGAAGUUGUCAAGUCGAGCUACGCUGCGAUUCUGCAGGCCGCCAACUACGCGUCCUUCUCCUUCCGGUACGCGCUCGAGCUGGAGGAGAAGCUGGCGGCCAGCGAGCGCGAGGCCGCGGCGCUGCGGGAGCAGCUGGAGGAGGCAAAGGCCGAGCUCGAGGCGGCAGAAGGGAAGCAAGCAAAGGCGGCGAGGGCGGAGCUCGAGAAGGCGAAAGGCUGGCUCGCCGUGGCGAAGCGUGCUGGGGAGGCGCAGGCCGAGCUCGCCGCGGCUCGGGCAGAGGCGGUGAAGAAGAGGGCCGAGCUCGCCGCGUUGAAGCGGGCCGCGGAGGCGGAGGCGGAGAAGGCAAAGGCCGAGCUCGCCGCGGCGGAGGCGGAGGCGGCGCAGCGGCUUAUGGCGUCGGAGGAGGACGUGCUGCGGCGCGCGGAGCACGCGCUGGAGGGGUACGAGCGCUGGCGAAGCCGUCACGCUCCGGCAACAUCGCUUGAGUAG